AUGGACAGCAGGGGACAAAGAGAAAGGAAAAUUUCGGAGUUUUCGUUUUUCAACGAAGCUCGAUCGACCAGACUCUUCUGCAGUAAAUUCUUUGACGAUCCCCUCAAACCUGGUCUGUGCGAGGGGUGUGGGAGCACGGAGGAGGAACAUGUAGAGAUCCCAAAGAAUCUGCUGGGUCCCUGGCAGAAUGCACAAGCUUGGAGGCCGACUCCGACUCAUGACAUUGAGUUUGUGGAUGAAAAUGAAGGCAUACAGAAACGAGCACAGUUGUCCAUCUUGGCAGUGGACAGUCAUCCGAACCUGUUCGUGGAAACUCUAAUCGACAACUGGGGUCUGAAAGUACCUGAUAUCAUCGUUUCUGUCACUGGAACCCUUAACCAUGUCAACCUCAGACACGAAGAAUUCAGCGCGUUUCAAUCUGGUUUAGUCAAAGUAGUUAGUACUACUAAAUGCUGGGUAAUAACUGGAGGCACAAACGACGGAGCCGAUGAGUUAGUGUCACGUGCUCUUAAAGAAGUGCAGUACUUGAAAUGGCUUGGAAAAAAUGAAAUGAAUUUUGACCUUAUUGGUGUUACCAAUUGGAACUGUCUGGCUGAAAAUAGAACAAUGUCGUCUUUUUGGAGUGGAGAUUCGCUAAUGACUCCAACUGAAGGUCAUUUGAGAAUUCCGGUUCCGGUGGCGCCACCGCAGAAACGCACACUCAUUAAGACCUUAAGUGAUCCUUUGAGAAGCCGACGAAGUGUUAAAAAAGCCACUUCUACUGAGAGCAUUGCUCCUAAAGACAAAACUUUUAAGUAUUUUGUAAAGAAAACUCGCUCAAAAGCUACUCCCGCUCGUUCAGUUAAUGUGUCAAGUUCAAAUCUAACUGAUAACGCUAUUGCGGCCAGUACUUACGAUAGGUACGAGACACAUUUGAACCCAAUUUUCACCCAUUUUGUUGCAAUUGAAAGUGCAGUCCGUGAAAAACAUUGCGAACUACCUGCGAGAAUACAAAUCGAAAACUUCUGCUCAAAAGACAAGGCAUCUUUUGCGUCUAAUGCAGAAGUUGAAGAUUUGAAACUGUUGAAUACGCCAACAGUAUUGUUGGUUUUCGGAGGUGAUGCUAAAACUCUGGAACACAUGGCAAGAUCUGUGGAAAACGGGAUUCCUGUGGUUCUAUGCCAGGGGUCUGGGGGAAUUGUAGAUUACCUGAUUUUGCUUCUCCACAAAGUUCCACCUUCCAAUGACGCCUCGAAAUGGCCCUAUUACAUUACGCUAGUUCGCCAGUUGCUCUCCUUUCUGUCCAAAGCAAAGUCAGCUGACGAGCUAUUCUCCUUCAACCAGAUGCACACAGCCACCCUCGAACCCCUCAUCUUCAAGUGUCUCCAGAAAAGGAAACUUAUCAAAAUCUACAAGUUGAGUAAUCCUGUUGUCAACUUGCACACUUGUAUUUUCUCCGCUUUGCUGGAUGGCAAGACUGCAGAAAGUUAUGAUCCAGUUAAAUUGUCACUGCGCUGGAACUACUGUGGGGAAAUCGUUGAGAAAAUUAAAAGCAAUACAGGACAUCAGUCGAUACUGGUUCAGGACGCCGACAUCAAUGCCAGAUCGGGGAUUCAAGACCUCAUGAUGGAGGCGAUCGAACACGAGGAGAAAAUCCAGUUCGCCAGACUAUUUCUUCAGUGUGGAUUCACAAUGGAGAAAUUUCUCACGCCUAGAAGAUUAGCUCAAUUGUACAGUCGCUCCUAUAAGAAAUCCCGGCUUCUACACGACGUAUUAGAACGAUGCUUAGGCGAACGAGAUGAAAUCAGUCUGAACUGCGUCUAUGAUCUAUGUUACUCCUGUACAACAUCAAAGCCACUUCAUUCUUUGAAAAACGGCACUUCCUUCAAUGAUCCUUAUCGUGAACUCUUCUUCUGGGCGCUUCUCAACGGACGUCUGAAAGCGACCGAGUUUUUCUGGAUGCAGGCUUCAAACCAGUUGAUUCUGGCUCUGAUCGGAUCCGAACUCUGCAAAGUGGUGGCAAAGUCUUUAACUGGCGACCUCUUCAAAAUGCGAACUCCUUACUUAGAAGCUCAUGAGGAGUACAUUCAAAAAGCUUACGAUAUCUUGGAAUCCGCUUGGAGUUUGAACCCUCAAAAAGCGAUGUUGCUUCUCAACACUAACUUGCCACAGUACGGGAACACUUGUGUAAUGGAUGUAGCAUGGUUCAUUGAAAUCAAAAUUGUCAUUUCACACCCCUGUUUCCAACAAGUAGUUCAAAAAAUGUGGACCAAGGGCUUGAGUUGCUACCAUGGAAAAAUCGUGACAACUUUAUUGAACCCGUUCUCUGUUAUCUUUCUGAAGACUUCAGACCAAAGCAGUAUUACUAACAAUCAAUCCAGUGGACAGAACAUGGCAGUUCCUUGGAAUGAAAUACGAAGUCAGUCGGAUCCAUCCAAUGAAUUGGAAAGACGAGAGUCGAAUGGAGUGCUGGACCAAAUUGAAACCGUCUUACACGCGGACAGGCAGUCGCGAGCAAACAGACGGACAUCGAUGGAGUUCGAAUACACCUUUGGGGAUCCAGUAGAUAAAGAAAAAAUCCGGGAUGCCUGGACCAUCUGGAAACGCAAAGCUAACCUCUUCUACUUUUCUCCAGCCUGCAAAUUUUUAAUCCGCCUAAUUUUUCAUCUCAUCUUUGUCAUCCUAAUUUCCAAAUUUUACUUGUUUGAUUUCAAUUACAUGUCACAUGUUUGGUUGGAGUAUUACAUUGCGCUUUAUUUCCUCUCCACAAUGUUGGAAAUAAUCUCGAACUUCUGGCUAAAAAUCAACAUGCAUCUUUUUUCGCUGAAGUGGAGAGUUUGGCGAAGAACUGAGUGGAAUUUCCUGGACGUUGCCGUAUCUGUUAUCGGGCUGAUCGCAUUUGUCGCCGUCCCAAUCCAAACUUAUAUAGUACAGGAUAUCAAAUAUGACAAAGAAGACACACUUCCCAACAUGCGUAAGGGUUUCUAUGCUCUGGCUGUACUUCUGAGCUGGAUACGGAUACUUCGCUACUACCAGUACGACAAGAAACUUGGAACCGUCUGGAUCAUGAUUCGCAAGAUGUUGUCGGAAACGCUCAUUUUCAUGUCAAUUCUUUUUAUUUUCUUGGGCUCUUUUGGUGUGUUUUUUACAUCACUGUUCCAAUUGUUUGAAUAUGAAGAUGCACAUUCUGGCAGCUAUACUGGUGUCAUUUUGAGAGCUUUUUUCAUCAUCAACGGCGAAUAUUUCCUGGAAACUAUGGGCGAAACAAUUUCAGAGUACCCGCCGGAAAAACAGCAAGAAAUGGUCAGACUCAAGAGCUAUUACAUAAUGAUUGUGAUAAUCAUGUUGUUUGUAGGAAAUGCUAUGUUGUUGAACACGCUUAUUGCCAUAUUUGGCAGGAUUUACGCGACUAUCAUGGAAAAAUCAGACGAGGAAUGGAAAACCGAACGGUUUACAAUGGUCCUCGAGUUUCAAAGCCGUUCAUUUUUUCCACAUCCAAUUUGCAUUGUUGCGUCGAUAUUAGCAGCUCUCAAAUACCUCCUCGGAUCGAAGAAAACAACAGUUUCUGAAGUUGCCAUCAGUCGUAAAAAGAGUGUCGUAGUGAUUGAACCUUCAGUAGAAAAGUCAGAUUUGGACAAGUAUGAAUACGUGGUUGUUCAGACGAUGUUACGUAACAAAGCUAACAUAGUCACUAAAGAGUAUCUAAUCGAAGAAUCGCUACGUUCAAAAGAUAAAUUAUUGGACCGCAUUAACUUCCUUGGUGGAAAUUUGGAAAAGUUCCGCAAAACGAAAGGCGGCGACAAGUUGAACUCACCUGAUUGAACUUCGA